AUGUGCUUUGAGUGUGAAAAGACUUUUAGUUCAGUGAGCACUUUAAAACGGCACCAGAGGAUCCACACUGGAGAGAAACCUUAUAAAUGUUCACACUGUGACAAGAGAUUCAAUCAAUCAGCAAAUCUGAAAACACACGAGAGGAUUCACACUGGAGAGAAACUUUAUAAAUGUUCACAUUGUGACAAGAGAUUCAUUCAAGCAUCAACUCUGAAAACACAUGAGAGGAUUCACACUGGAGAGAAACCUUAUAAGUGUUCACACUGUGACAAGAGAUUCAGUGAUUCGGCACAGCUGAAAACACAUAAGAGGAUUCACACUGGAGAUAAACCUUACAAGUGUGCACACUGUGACAAGAGAUUCAGUGUGUCAUCAAGUCUGAAAACACAUGAGAGGAUUCACACUGGAGAGAAACCAUGUAAGUGUGCACACUGUGACAAGAGAUUCAAUAAGGAUAUGUAA